UUGCUAUUGGUACAUACAUUUUAACUUUUCCAUUUUAUUUUUCUUUACUUGUUGUGCAGUAAUUGUAUAUUCGCAGGAUUUCAAAUCAUUCCUUUACUGUUUCUUGCUUUGAGAGUGGUUUUUGGUCAUGAAUGAUAAAUUGAAACAAAAAAUGAGUACUGCAGAGCAAUCGAAUCCCAAUUUAACAGAAGAAUCCGGCGAUGAUUUGGAGGAAACUUCUUCUGUUGCAAGCACAUCAACCACUGAUACAACAUCCAGAAGUGCUACCCCUGUUAAUAGUGUUAGGAAAAGGAGAAGGGGGAAGAGGAAAGGAUCUCUCAACAAAGCUCAACAAAUUUAUAAAUUUACAUGCAACAUAAAGGAGGACCAUGGACAACCUCUAUUUGGAGCUCAAUUUAAUCAUCAUCUUAAGCCAGGUCAACCAAUGAUAUUUGCUGCUGUCGGUUCCAACAGAGUAUCUAUUUAUGAGUGUCCAGAACGUACCGGUUUAAAAUUAUUGCAGUGCUAUGCAGAUCCAGAUCUUGAUGAAAACUUUUACACAUGUGCAUGGUCAUAUGAAGAAGAUUCUGGGAAACCUUUGCUUGCUGUUGCUGGAGCUAGAGGCAUAGUGAGAAUAUUAAAUCCAGCAACGAUGCUUUGUGUCAGACAUUAUAUUGGUCAUGGCCAUGCAAUCAAUGAGUUGAAAUUUCAUCCCAAAGAUCCGAAUUUGCUACUCUCUGUUUCUAAAGAUCAUGCGCUGAGGCUGUGGAAUAUUAAGACUGAUGUUUGCAUCGCUAUUUUUGGCGGUGUUGAAGGGCAUAGGGAUGAAGUCCUAAGUGCCGACUUUGAUCUCUUCGGUCACCGAAUUAUUUCCUGUGGUAUGGAUCAUUCCUUAAAACUGUGGAAAUUGGAUAAAGAAAGCAUGAAUGAUGCCAUAAAGCAAUCAUACCAAUGGGUUGCCAACAGAAGUACAAAACCGUUUGAUUCCUUGAAAGAACAUUUCCCAGACUUUUCCACCAGAGACAUUCAUAGAAAUUAUGUCGAUUGUGUAAGGUGGAUAGGAGAUUUUAUUUUGAGUAAGUCUUGCGAGAAUUGCAUUGUUUGCUGGAAGCCAGGUAGAUUGACAGAUACAAAAUUGAGACCGGGCGAUACUACCUCCACUGUUAUUCACCGAUUCGAAUACAAAGAAUGUGAAAUUUGGUUUGUAAGGUUUGCCAUGGAUUUCUGGCAAAAAAUAUUGGCGUUGGGUAAUCAGGUUGGAAAGGUCUUCGUGUGGGAUUUAGAUGUACCUGAUCCUGCUCAAGCCAAAUGUUAUACUCUGCAACAUGCUAGAUGCACCACAGCCAUAAGACAGACAAGCUUGAACAGAGAUGGUUCAGUUUUAGUAUAUGUUUGUGAUGAUGGCACAGUUUGGAGAUGGGACAAAAUAUAAUAGUCUAUAUGUCAUCAUUGAUUUUAUUCCUUAAUAAUCAUAAAAUUAGCUAGUUGUAAGCACUAAUUGUAAUAUCAUUUAUUUUUUUUCAAACAAUU